UCGGGUACAUCUUUCCACUCUGAAAUGAAUUUUUGCUUCAGUCUUUUUAGUCAGAGUAAAAGAUGAUAUAGUUUCAAUUCAGUUAAAUAUUAUAUGAAAGUGCUUUUGUACCUUAAAUAUGUAUAAUAGUUUAUGAAAAUUAAUUACAUUUGAAUGUUAAUGAUAAAAAUGGAGGAAUUGAAAGUGGAAAAUAAUGAAGUCUUAAUCAUAAAUAACGAAGCAGAGUUAGGCAAGAAAAAAGAUUCAGCUGUUGUAUCUUUAUUAAGAUCAUGUUGUGUGAUUCCUCAACGUUAUAUAUUCGCCAUGGUAGGAUUGAUUGGGAUAUGUAAUGCAUUCACGAUGCGCGUAACCUUAAACAUGGCUAUUACACAAAUGGUCAAACACAAACAUAUUGGGAGAGAAAAUUUAGAUCCCAACGCAUGUCCUAUUGAUGGAAUAAGUACCAACACAACUGUUGUUACUAAUCCACAUGCUAUUUUUGAAUGGGACGAAAAGACACAGGGUCUUCUUUUAAGUGGCUUUUAUUAUGGCUAUGCUACAACACAAUUCUUAGGAGGAUAUUUAGCACAAAAGUUUGGAGGUAAAUGGGUAUUAGGAUUUGGUCUUCUCAGUACAGCUUUAUUUACUUUCCUAACUCCAAUUGUAACCCGAAUGGGUGGAUCAACUUGGCUAUUUAUUCUUCGUAUUUUAGAAGGAAUGGGAGAGGGUCCAACGAUGCCUGGGUUGUCGUUCAUGAUGGCACGUUGGAUACCAAACCAUGAACGAGCAUUUAUAUCCGCUAUAAUUUUUGGAGGGGGACAAAUUGGUAAUAUAUUCGGCUCAAUCGUAUCAGGAAUGCUGUUAGCUAAUGGCAGAGAUUGGGCUUAUGUGUUCUAUUUUUUCGGUGGGUUUGGUAUAUUUUGGUUUAUACUCUGGAGUUUUUUCUGCUACAGCGAACCAAAUACACAUCCAUUUAUUUCCAAAAAUGAAUUAGAAUAUUUGAACAAAUCUGUGACAAGAGCUAAGAUUAUUAAUAAAAGAGAUCCUAUACCGUGGAAAGCUAUUAUAAGAUCACCUCCUGCAUGGGCCUUACUAGUGGCUAAUGUUGGACACGAUUGGGGUCUAUACACGAUAGUCUCAGACCUCCCAAAAUAUACGCAUGAUGUUUUAAAAUUCAAUAUUGCGACCACUGGUGUUCUUAUCGGAUUACCUUUUAUGGCUAUGACGAUCUGUGCUUCUAUUUUCGGUAUCAUUUGUGACUAUGGCAUAAGAAAAAAAUGGCAUAGCGUGAAAACUGCAAGAAAGUUAUACACAACUAUAGCUGCAACUGGUCCAGCGAUAUGCAUUAUUCUAGCAUCAUAUUCUGGAUGCAAUCGAAAUGCAGCUAUGGUCUACUUUAUUAUAUCUAUGGCACUUAUGGGUGCAUAUUACAGCGGUAUGAAGGUAAAUACUUUGGAUAUGGCACCUAACUAUUCAGGAAACUUAACAUCAUUUAUAAAUACUGCAUCCACAUUUGCCGGAAUCACAACGCCAUAUUUGAUUGGACUUUUAACGCCUGAUUCGACCUUGGUACAGUGGCGAAUAGCAUUCUGGGUUUGUUUUGUUAUGCUUGUUGGAACAAACAUAGUGUACUGCAUCUGGAUGGAAGCAGAGCAGAUAUGGUGGGAUGACGUCAGACAGUUUGGCUAUCCACCUGGAUGGAAACACGGUUCUCUUAUAAAAGAAGUGGCAAAAAAUUCUCAAGAUGUUGAAUUGAUUAAAAAACUACCAAAAUAGAUAUUUUAAUUUUUCAUUAGGGAAUAAAGCAAAACCUUUCUAAAGUAUAA